CGGAGUUGUUAGCUGUGUACCCCACGAAAUUCAACGUUGAGGGCUAUGAGUGGGUCACGCUGCACGGUAGGAAUUUCAUCGACACCGUGUACUUGACCUGCACCUUUGGCGGAAAGCACGUGGUUUCCGGUCCGGACAAUGUCGCGUACCUGAAUCCAACCACAGUGAAGUGCCGCACGCCGGAAUUCCUCCCGUCUGAUUCGAAAGUCACGAUUCAAGUUUCCACGGACGGGGUAGUGUUCAGUAGUUUGUUGGAGAAGACCAUGGAUCCGGUUUUGAAGAUUUACAAGGACGCGAUGAUCCCGCUCACGGCCCGAAUCCGCGUUCUCUCCAUCGCACCGCGGCU